AUGCACGAGAAGACGAAGGGGGUCGAUCCUGACGCGAUCUAUAGUUCUUCGGCUGGAGACAGCCGGUCAAAGAAGGGGUGGAAGAAAGGUCGCGGGGGAAAGGAAGCCGUGAGGGGAGAUGAAAGAGGAGGCGAACUCCAGGCAGUAGAAGAAGAGGAGAUGGUGGCAAUACAGGGAACCAGAGCCAGACUGGACGGCGCUGGUCUCGUCGCCCGUGCGAAGAGCAACAUUCGGUUUAACAAGUCGACCGAGGUCCCUUCGGCAUUUUGUGGCCGUUUGAGCGAUGACGACGAGGUGAAAACCACCGAGGGAGAACCUGUGGAACACUUGGCAGCGUACACUGAGGUGGCCUGGAUGCUUUUCGACAAGAGCGCUAUCCUGACAGUACAAAGUCACGUUAUUACCAGGAACCCGAGGAUAUCCGUGACGCACGAUAAGCACAGGACCUGGUUCCUACAUAUCAAAGAUGUGCGGGAGGACGACAAGGGAAAGUACAUGUGUCAGAUUAAUACGGCGACCGCGAAAACACAGUAUGGCUAUUUGCACGUCGUAGUUCCCAUAAAAGUGAUUCCGCUGUACAUAGAACAUUUUAACACCGACCAGGCGAUCAUCUCGGUUUUGUCGGUCAAGUUAGAGAAAGCGAUGUUCUCGCGUUCCGACGAUCGAGAGGAACAAGCGGCUAUACAUAAUAGAAUCCCAGGGAUUGAAAGAGAGAAAGUAUAG